UAAAGACUGCAACGAUCUUCUAGAUUUCAUAUAUACUGUACUCUCUACAUUCCAGGUCUUUGCGUCCUCAGCGAAACAGCACCUGCCUAUUCACUCAAGUUAUGAGUUCACCUUCAAGCAUCUCCAGCUCAUCGUCGUCCCCUUCAGCGUCGGUUCGAAUGCGGGACCAACCAAGCACCAUCUCCAUGAACAUUCCAAUUGAGGAAGAGAGCGCCGCUGUGCUAGAAUGCCUGGGAUUUGAGCCAUCCACAGCCAGCCAGAUCUUCCAGCGCUACGCUAAUCGGCCCGAUCCUGAUCAGUGCCCUGACGAUCUUCUGGGCUACGCAUGCGUACACAUUGCAGUCUUGAAAACCGACUCUUAUCGUGACAUGGAUAUCCAAGAAGCGAUGGCGCCGGUCGGCUCACCCCGCGGAUCCAAUCGGCCAUCGCUGACCCAGCGUUCUCCGACAUAGUGUGGACCCGGGAUCUGCAUUUCUGGGUCAAAGAUAAAAUUCAGACUAACUAUGCGACGCUUCGCAGCCGGCAGGAGCUGCUUAAACGCCAUGCACAAGGGCUCGUCCCACCAGAAGAAAGAC